AGAUCAGAUCUAGUCACCAGAACUUGAACCAGAACCAGAACCUGAACCAGACAUGGACAGAGUGGUGCUCAUGCUGUCGGUGCUGUCUCUGGGCGUCUCCUCUCAGCCGAUCACAGACGGCCAGCGUCUGUUCUCCAUCGCUGUCAGCAGAGUUCAACACCUCCACCUGCUCGCUCAGAGACUCUUCUCUGACUUUGAGAGCUCUCUGCAGACUGAGGAGCAACGACAGCUCAACAAAAUCUUCCUGCAGGAUUUCUGUAACUCUGAUUACAUCAUCAGCCCCAUCGACAAGCACGAGACACAGCGCAGCUCAGUGUUGAAGCUGCUGUCUAUCUCCUAUCGAUUGGUCGAGUCUUGGGAGUUCCCCAGUCGUUCUCUGGCUGGCGGUUCUGCUCCAAGGAACCAGAUUUCACCCAAACUGUCUGAGCUGAAGACAGGCAUCCAUCUCCUGAUCAGGGCCAAUGAGGAUGGAGCAGAGCUCUUCCCUGAUAGCUCCGCCCUCCAGCUGGCUCCUUAUGGAGACUACUACCAAAGUCCGGGCACCGACGAGUCGCUGAGACGAACCUACGAACUACUUGCCUGUUUCAAAAAAGACAUGCACAAGGUGGAGACCUACCUGACAGUGGCAAAAUGUAGACUCUCUCCAGAGGCCAACUGCACCCUGUAGCCCCGCCUCUCUUCUGUGAAACCACAGCCCCUGUUGAUGAUGUAAUCGUGUGUUCUGAAGCUCCGCCUCCACACUCUCUGACUCUGAUAAGUAGUGUUAGCACUAGCAUUAGCAUUAGUUCCUGUUCAGUGGUCGAGGAUGUAAUUGAAGGUAGUCUGGUGUCAUGAUGAUGAAAGCUUUGAACAGGAAGUGAUGUCAUACUGUGAAAUAAAGUCUGUGCUGUUUGCAUUCA